CAUGCCCCCCCUCCCCGUUUCAAUGGCAGCCGAAGCAGCAGCAAAGCAGAGGCUGACAGGCUCCAUCUUGGCAAAACUGUCGUAAUUAUGUUCUUGUGUGUGUGUGAGGCUGCAAAUGUCUGUGAAUGGGGCCUGGUUGCCCCGGGGCCAAAGUGGGGUGGGGAGACCACAAUCGGAACUCCGAAUCCAGUUCGUCAGCAGCCCCCAGGUAGGCCUGUCGGAACUUCCAUCACUAAGUAACUGGUCCUAAAUCAGGGAGGUCUCAUAUGUGCAUCACGUCCAUUGCUCGGUUGCUCCACUGACUCCUGAGGGCAGCCCGGCUGGGGGUGGAAUUGCCCCUAGCAACAGAGCCCCUCCUCAAAGGAAGGCACUCGGGGGAGGUGGGGGCUGUUUCAUCCUGCCAACCCCAGAUGAAAAGGGUUCAGGAAUCCUCCAGGAGAAUCAGCCUGUGUGGUCUGGAGACCCCCAGUUUAUGGGGGCUUCCCAUCAUUUCCCCAAAGGACACCAGGGAUCCAGCUCUCAAAUCUUCUCCGCUUUCCUUAUUUCUUGUGCAGUAUUGAGAAACGGUCAUAAUAAAAUGGGUGCUUUCUAAACAUUAAACAAGGUUGGAAUUGUAAGUCCAUCUUUUCGUUAUUUCAUACUUGUUUAUUUUUAUUCAUAAAGUUCACGUAUUCUUUGUGAAAUUCAUUUAUAAAAGUUAUGUUAAAAGUUCUUUUUCCAUCUUUCUUGCCUUUCCUCCCCCCCUCUUUUUUUUCUCCCCCCCCCCCCUUUUCCAUUACCAGUCAAAGCUCUUUAAUUAGCAGUGGGAAAGUCAGGAUUAUUCCUUUUGACCACGAUCUUGACCGAGAAGAGGACUAUGAUGAACUAGGCAAACAGCUAAUAGAAGAUUUUUUAGAAAAAAGGGCUAGGAAUUGGCAGGAGGGAAAGAGGCCUCGAUUCUCCAAACAGGGCAACGGGGCCCACCUGAAGAAUUCCAGGUCCCCUCAUAAAGUUUCUGUGGAAUUGGCUCGCCCCGAGGCCCCGUCGUAUCCAGUGGAAUACGAUACGAUAGACAGGAGAAGGAAAAAGAAACAGAGAGACAUUGCAGAGUGUGAAUGGAGAAAGGCUCAAAUCAACGGGCAGCCGAGAAUUCCCCACGAAACCCUUAUUUCUGGAAGCACCAGGAGAAUAAGAACCGGACGUUACAAUGACGCUGAUCUGUAUGGCCGCCGGGAAAUUGGGGCUCAGCAGCCCGGAUGUACGGAUUUGCUUCCCUACAGGAACACCCUCCUGGUCCAAAGCGGCUGGCUCUCUGACAGCCCAGAGAGAAACUGCGACCCUCAGCCAGGCCGUUUUGGGAGUGAAGGUCGGCUGCAACCAGAAGAGGCAGCCAGUGGAUUCCCGCCAUCCGGAGCGCUGGAAGAACUGGGGAGCAGCAGCUGGCCUGAAGAUCUCGAGGGCUCUCCUGGUUCCGAUGAGGAAGGGAAGGGAGAAAUGGCCCACGGCUGGUAUGAGCCCACGCGUGGCGCACUCAAGAAACACGUGGCCUUCUCGCCUGGCCAAACGCCGUCGGAGGGAGACCUCAGUGCGGUGGAUGAGCUGCAGUGCUUGGUGGAGACGGUGUCCGAAUACCUGGCCGAAAAGGAGGAAGAGAUUAGCAGCUGGGAAGCCCUUCCGAAGCAGGAAAGCAGGAAUCACGGCCUCCCCAUCCAGGUGACGGAGGAGACGGCCCAGGCAGAGCAGGCCAGGACAGCCCCUGCUGCUGUGGAGGAGGAGAAGGAGAAGAGCGAGAGCCAAGGAGAGGCCUUAUCGGACAUUCUGGGGGUGAAAGACACAGCCCAGUCCUUCUUCAGCUUUCUCACAGACAAAGUGAGCUCUGGAAAGACGCUCCUCACAUCCUCCGUGGAGAAGUUUGUCUCUUCGGCGCCUGAGUUGGCCGAUGUCCCCGCAAGGGACUCGUCCAGCCAGCCUCCUCCGGGUGUGGAAGCAGAAAGCAGGCCUGAUCUCAGCUUGCCUGAAGAAGGGCCGGCUUCCCUCCCUGAGCAGAGUCAGGCGAAAGCGGCUGGUGCUGCCAGUGUGAGUCUCCCAGAAGCCUCUGACAGGGAUGACAAGGCCUGUCCGCCCCCCUCAGCCACCGAUCGUCCUGCAGAUGACGCCGAGGGCCAGUCUGCCUUUCAGAAGACCAGCGCGGCUGUGAGUUCCCUCUUGGGUAUGUUCGGUUCUUUAAAAACCUUGGCAGAGAAGAAGGAGCCAAAGAAAGCAACCACGAAAGAGGAGACGGCCGUAGUAGCUGGACCCUCCCUUGCAAGUGGAGCUGAGGCCAGAGGGAAGCCGGGAGAAGCCGGCACAAAACCCAGCAGCUCCUCCCUGGAAACAAGGAAGGGGGGACCAGCAGCUGACCUCUCCGGGGCUCCGGCACCUUCCACCUCCAGUUCCUCUGCUGGUGUUAGCCUGAGAGCGGGUUUGGAUGGGGUGGCUGUUCCCGGGAGGCCAGCGGAGUCUCCCGAAGUCCCCUGCCCCUCAGUGCAGCCGGACAAGACAGAUCGGGAGAUCCCUCUGGAGCCUUUAGCAACUCAGCCUCCUGAAGACAAGGCGCAGGAAGGGCCGAAGCAGGGCGUCGCCCCGCCUUCAGAACCAAGAGAAUCUCCCAUCAGUUUUUUUAGUCCUCUUAAAAAAUGCCUCAGCCUCUUGCCCCUCUCGGCUCCCGCUGACCCUCUGGCCCAAGAGAUGUCCUUGGGAGGCGUGGGGAAACAGUGCAAGUCCGAAGACGAUGUCAGAAAGGCCAGCUCCUUCCCGUUCCCUGAGAAGCUGCAGGUUUCCUUCCUGAGCAGCUUCAGCUUAUCGGACAAACUGCCGGAGAAUAAGGAAAAAACAGGAUUCUUCUCUUCCUUCUUGAAAAUUACUUCCGGUGAAAACCCCGAGGCUCCCAAAGAGGGACAUUCGGGGAGCAGUUCAGAGGGUCUCCAGACUUCCUCCUCCAAGCCUCCACCAGAGAAUAAAGAGGAGCUGAAGGAGAAACCGGAAACAAUUGGCCCUUUGGGAGCAGAAAGUGGCCCUCGGGAGAAAGUGGCUGCAGGCACCUCAGAGAGUAGGGGGAGUAGCAGGCGUGGCCACAGUGACCCAAGCAAUAGCGAUCUAAAUGGUGUCACAGGCGGAGAAGAAGCAGCAGCAGCCACAGCCACCUCCCAAGGGGGACCCGGCCUGGAUCCGGCGGGAGAAAACUCAGAGGCGGUUAGUGGAGUCGGAAGGAUGAAGAUUCUGGCUGAUGCCCAGGAGGGUUUCUUUUCCGGACUUUUCCGCUCUCCUCUGGCUAGCACUUUAUCCUCCAAGGAAGGGCAAGAUGCUCAAGACAGCACAGCCGGCCAGAAGAACCGCUCACCUGGCUUGCUUUCUGGAUUACUCAGAUUCGGUUCAGGUGAAAGCCCGCCUCCGGGUAAGGUGGAAAAGCCAAAUCUGAGCUUUUUGGGUGGCCUAGGGCAGAUCUUUGAAAAGAACGUGGAGGAGACUAAUUCCAAAGAGGGGGAUUCUCAAGCGGCACCCCAAACCCAAGAAGGCACCAAGGACCCAGAGGGCGCGGGCAGCUUCCUAAGGAACGUCUUACACCAGGCGAAAGAGAAGGUGGAGGAGAGAGUGGCCCAGGCUCCCAAGAUGGAGGCCGGGUUGCCUAGCAGAGGCAAGGAAUCCGUUGGCGUCCAGGCGGGACCCGUCUCCCUGAAGACCUCCCAGAAGAAGACAGACUUAUCAACAAAGCCGUCCCUUUCUAGAAAAAACACAGAACCUCGUAUUCAUCCAGGGGUCCUCCAUGAAAACGUAGAUGGAUUUCUCAGAUGUUCGUCACGGAACGCCAAUCUGCUCAACUGGCCGGGAGAACCUCCUGCCUCUGAGGAAAUCAGGAGAGACUCCCCCUUGGAUAGUGGCUACGACCCCAGGGGCUGUCCAGCAAAGACCGUUCAGACGUCCGUGCCUCUCUAUUACGUCUCAAACCAGAAGCCCGUCUCCUGGGAUGAGGUCCUGACCUUGUCGGAAUCCAGCAACACAGUCAUGAAUUUGUGUAAAAGGGACGGGAAUGCCGAUCCAACGGAUUGGAGAUCAAGUGAGAAUUUUGAUCCAGCAGUGACCGAUUUUAAUGCUGUGUUGUUUAGAUCAUCUGACUUUUGUCUGGGGGGAAAUGAAAUGUGGGCAUCUCCUUAUUUGAACGGAAGUCUUUCUCCACACUGGUUCAACUGCAUUUUGGAAGAUGGGCCAGUAGAUUUAAGUUAUUCCUCUGCUUAUGGCGCUAAUGUGUGGACCCUAAUUGAUCAGGAGUUCCUGGAUGUGGAGGACCCUUGGCUGGGCGCCUGCCAGGGAUCCCUAGAUUGGCUGAUGCCUCUGCUGGAGGGAGUGUGGUGGCCGUCAGAAGACGGUGAUUAUGGCUACUACAUAUACACCGACGGCCAGUACGUUUAUUCUCUACUCACUGAUUCUACCGGGCAGUAUAUUUACAUCUGCACUUCCGACAUUUACCCUCAUCCGGACAGCUGGGAGGACUGUGACCUCGAGGGCUCUUUGCAAAGGGUUGUGUCGGAUGGGGACCUGGUCUCCAUUUGUGGCUUCAAAGUGCCUCUCGAAGAUGAGUUAUUCUGGUCCGCCGAAGAGGAAGAGUGGGAUGAUUAUUUUGUAAACAAGCCUCUUGAUUUGUCUGUAGCUUUUCAAAGAAGUGACAAAUUUAUGAACGUAGAGACCUUUUCCCAAAUGUUUGAGGAAUCUGCUUACCACCAGAAAGAGAAGCCUUUAGACUUCUCGGGGUACAGGCUUCUGAAGCCCAGUAAGGUGGGUUUCAGGCCCGAGGAAAAGAGGGAAGGGUCUGUAGAAGACGUGCCCUUUGACCUCCGGGCACAUUUCAGGAUGGCCUCUGGCAGGGAGCUGAAGGAGGAAUUGCUGGAUGUGGCCCCUAGGACGAGCGUUUCUGAAAGCCAGCAAACCAAACCUUCUGGCUUCCAAAUCUUCAAAGCUGCCGCCAAGUCUGACCUCCCACCAGUGUGUCUGGCUGAAGCACCUGCGGCCGAAGAAGAUAAGAGGCUCACAAGCAACAAGGUCUCCUCUUGGCUGUCUGCCUUGGGUGGGCUGAUGGGUCAGGGCUCAGGGAAGGACGCUGAGGUGCUGGAGGAGGCAGCAGAGAAGGACCAGGGCCCACAGCCAAAGUUUCCGCCAAAGGAAGCCACGUCUGGGACACCACCCAGGAAGAAGGGGGCAGGACCUCCACCGGAACCCCUGUCUGUCUCCCCUGCACGAGAAGAGGCUGCGGCCGCCCUGUCUCCCACCCAGACCAGGGCUCCCCUACGCAGAUCCGCCUCCCAGUCCAGCCAGGGUCUCACUUCCGACACAUUCGGCCAGCUGGACAACUAUGGUAAGGUAGCUGCAGGGUCCCUGGGUGAGCCUGAAAACACGUGGCCAGUCCUGAGCCAAAUAGCUGCCAAGACCAAGGAGACUCUGUCCAAGGGUGACCUCAAAACAGGCAGCCCUCGAGAAGAGCCACCGGCCCCUGCAGAAGCGGGAUUCCUCGGCUUCUUCAGAAUGCAGGGAAGCAAGCCUCCGUCGCAGCCUUCGCCAGCCCCCCAGCCCCAUCCGGUGGCCAACGAAGCCCAGAGCCAGGCAGAGCCCCCGGGGGCUCCCUCCUCCUUCUUUGGCUCGAUCAAAGGCUUUUUCAGCAAGGAGCCAGCCCCCUCCCUGCCUGACACCCCCGUCCCACCCCUCAGCAAUGGGCAGAUACCCCAGGAACUUGUUCAGGAGCCCCCUAAGAGUCCUGCUUCUGAGGUCAGUGUCUCUCCAGAGGCCCCUGGGGCAGAUGUGGCCAAGAAGGACCUCUUCCCUAAGGAAGAGCCCCAGGAAAAGGCCGGAGAGGAAACAGCUGGUGCCAAGGAAGCUCCUCCUGCAAAGGCUGAGCAGGGAGCUAACUCACACGCAAGUCCUGGGUUGGGGCGGCGCAGCCCAGCCCCGGAAGAGGGAGGCCUGCUCAGGAGCCUCUCUGGGUUGCUGGGGGACUCAGCAGCAAAGACAUCCAGUUCCCUGAGCAGCAGCUGGUCCUCCUUGAUGGACAAAGGGCAGCAGGGAGUCUCGUCUGGUAAGGUCCAGCCAGAGAAGGCCAGGCAGCCACCCGAGGAACCUGGCUUCAGACUCCCCUUUGGCUUGUCCCAGGCCGCCCCUCCCAAGUCUCAGGAGACAAGUGGCCGCUGGGACAUCUACUCUCUUUUCCCUGCCUCCAAGAAAGCCCCGCCCCCUGCUCCAGCCCCAGCCCCUGUGCCCGCUCAGACUGCCAGAGGUCCGGAGGCAGAAGGCUUGUUCAAGAUGCCCUUCACUGCCAAGAAAGGGCUUCCAGAGAGCUCCAGCUUCAGCUUCUUCAGUUGGGCCUCCUUCCGCCCUGAAGAACCACCGUCUGCUCCUGACAAAGGUCACCUCGCCAAGCCACCUCCAUCGCAAGGGAAGGAGGGACCCCUCCUGAGGCCAUCGGUGUCUGCAGACGCUGGUGUUGGGAUGGCCAGGAAGCCAGUUGUGGAGGAGGAGAAGGGCUCCAUCUCCAGGUUUAGAGAUGCCGUGCUGGGCAAGCAGGAAGCUUACAGCUUGCAGAAUGGGGCGAGGGAAGCCAGUGUCCCAGUGGCCAAGGAGGCCGGAGAAGGUGCCUCGGCAGAGCAGCUUACGGCCAGCCCGUGUCUCAGUGAGGCCAAGGAAGAAGACCAGCUGGUACAGCCUGACCCUGCCUGCGAAGGUCCUGAAAUCCUGGAAGAUGGGACUUUCCCCCCUCCAGAAAUCCCAGGCGUUUCAGAGCAGCUGCCCCAGAGCCCCACUGAGCGGGAUGAGAAGGCGAGGGUGUGUUUGUCUCAGGAGGAAGCUGCGUCUCUUCCAGACGGGAAUGAAGCUUUUGAAAACACCGAACCCCCCGUUUCCCCUCUUGAUCAGACCUCUGUGGCUCAGAGGAGAUCUGCUCUCCAGGACUUGGGCCAGGAGGGGGUGCCGGAGCCCCUGCCAGGACUCGACCUUCCUCCCCGUGCUGGAACCCCGCAGACCCAGGGCCAGGAGCCUCUCCCCAAGGCCCCACUGGGGGAGUUGGGUAGUCUGAAGAUGCCUGGAGAAGCUACAAGCAACAAGUCUGUUCUAGAUUCCUCCAUGGAGAAGGUUUCAAGCUUCUUCACCAAGAUCAAGCCCACUAAAACUUUCUCUGACUUUCUGGGCAGCCCACUCCAUGCUCCAGACGCCUCCGGUGUGCCGAAGAAGAGCACUUCUUUCUUUGGCAGCGCCUUUCAGGCAGGUGGGCCUCCCACCACAUUCACUGGCGGCCUCUUUGGCUUCUCCAAAGGAGCAGCGGAACAGCCUUCUCCAACACCCUCCAAAGCUUCCCACGUGGACUCGGGCGUGAAAGACGCUACGGGCUCAGUUCCAGGGAAAGGGCCUCCUGCCAGCCAAGAAAGCAAGGCAGGUGGAGAGGAGGGCUCAGGAGCAGGGAAAGAGCAAGACCAGAGCCCGGGUGGGGAGCUGCUGCAGACGGAGGCCACAAGCGCCUUGAAGGAAGAGGCUCUGUUGAACCGCCAAGUGGACCUGCAAACGGAAGCCAACCAAAAGCCGGACAUUGGCCAAGAGCCUGAGCCAAACGCUCGGGAUACCUGGACGUCGGAGAAGAGCCAACGCCCUGAAGGGGGGCAGGUGGACUUCCUAUAUUCGGAUGAAAGGAGGGAUGCCGAUACGUGUGGCCAAGAUCUCAACCAGACGGUUGCGGCAGAAUUCGCUGCGGUGCCGGAGGAGUCCCAAGCAGGGAGCUUGGAAGAGUUGGCCGGCACUGCUGCGCAAAAAACAACGGAUCUGGAAUCCCAGACCGGCACUCAUAUUGGCCAGGAAGGUUGGGAAAACACGCCUGAGCUUGAAGCCAAGACAGAGGAUGACAGGAGCCAGUCGGGCGUGGACACCGUUGCUACGUCUGAACACACAGCCAUAAAGACACAAGCUGAUCUCUGUCCACAAGACGGAGGUGAGAGCCUAGGAGUGGAAGCCGGAACGGUUCUGAGCGAGAUCCCUGAUUUGCAGCGUGAAGAUGCGGACAGCGUCCGUGACUUGAAACAAGUCCCUGUUGAGGAGAAGGAGGUUUCGGCCAUUAGUGAGAAGGCUCCGGAGGUCGAGGCCUUGGGGAGCUCCUCGGGUAAGGGGCCUGCCGGUCCCCUUGCUCCAGAGCCCAACAGCUCCUCCUCGUCUGUCUUCGAGAUGUUAAGCAAGCCCCCUUGGCCCAAGUUCAGCUUUGGCUCUUCAACCGGCAGCACCAAACGGAUGGGCUCGUUCUUCUCGCCUGCCGCGGGCAAGAGCGGUGCGGAGCCAGGUCUUGGGUCCGGCCUGAGCAGCGUUUCUUCCGUUCUGUUUGGGGGAGGAAGCGAUGAGAAGGCGGAGAAAACGGGAAGCCUGCAGGAGACGGUUUUUGGGAGGAAGCUGGACUUCUCCCUGCCUUGGCAGAAAGGCCCGAAGGAAAAGGAGGCGAAGAAGGAACCGGAAGUGCCGCUCAAACCUUCCUCCAAGCGGGAAGCCCCCCCAGAUGGUCCCUCCGGCCUGGAGCCCAGCGCCAUGCAGCCCUCGGGCGGCCCUGAGCAGGCAGCGAUGGGUGCGGCCCAGUUGGGGGAUGCAGUUCCCGAGACCGGCCUUCCCUCCGUGGAGAUGGACAGCUCGGCCCAGAGGUUCUUAGGGGCCAGAACUGCUCCUGCUGAGGUUGACCCUAGCCAAGGCCUGGAGGUUGAGGGUCCAGAGCAGGAAGAGGGCCUGGGGGCUGUUCCCAGGGGCCCUCCUGCCCCGACCCCAAAGGAAGAAGAAGAAGCAGGAGACACGGCCUCCAUUCCUGGCCGAGCAGAGCAGAAGGAUGGCGUCGCUUGCCCAGAGGAGGGGGCCCAUGUUGUUGGGCUACGGCUGGUGGAAGAGAGCAGCCCACGACCCCCCCUCGAGCACAGGCCAGUAGCAAACGCAGCCCAUAAAUGGAGGCGGCCGGUCCAUUUAUGAGGCAAGAGCCAUGGUCGGCGGCUUCUGGCCCAUCCCUUGCAGCUACCCAGUCCCUGGCGGGGGGGGGGGGUAGCCCCAGUUCCUCCCUCCCUUCCUCCUUCCCUUUCCUUCGCUUUGGGUUCCCCCUUUGUGCGUCAUGUCUUUUGUGUGUCGGUGAGUAGCUUUGAAUGUGGGUUUUGUGAGCCUCCGCAGACCUGGGAGGGGGGGGGGGGUUUCUGAGAACAGCCCAGGGCUCCCACUCGCCACGAGAGGCCGUGGGAGGCAGCUCUUCUGCUCUUCUGCAAAGGGCCGAAUGGGGGGGGGGAUGCAAAAUACUCACAGGCGGAUUGGGAGGUGCAAAGGCUUUUCUUGUGAUUCCCCCCGCCCAUCCCAGCUGCCAUCCACGCCACCUUUCCUCAUGGCUUCCCAGUUGUGCCCAGUUGGGAGAGGCCAACAUGACUGAGCAGUGGCUGGGGGAGGCCUUGUUAUGGAGGGAGCGAGGGGGCCCGGGCAUCCCGGGGGGUCUCUACUCUUCCCAGAAGUGUGGGGUCAGAGCUGAUCGCUUGUGGGCCCAGGCACAGCUGCCAGCGCCUGCUUUCUGCCCACAAGCAGCUCUCGGCCUCCCGUAGCUGUGUGGACGAAUCCCGAGGGUCUCCCAAGGUCAGUCCUGCAAUGCUCGAAUCCUGUGCAGCCCCCUCCUCCCCUCUCUCCCCCUUCCCCGCUUCCUUCCGCCUUGCUAGCUCUUAUCUGUGUCUUUUCCAGACUGCCAGGCUGGAAAAAAAAUGGAGAUUAGUAGACCGUCUUGACUAGCCAACUCCCAAGACCAUGGUGCACAGCUCCCCCCCCUUGUCCAUUUUAUUACCCUGGGACUGGCGAUCGCUUCUUCCAGUUGGUGGGGAAGGAAGCCCCGGGAAUCCCUCUCAAGAACUCCUGGCCUGAGCUGGUCUUCGGGGGCGGGGGGAGAUUUGGGGGGAGAGGUAGUCUCCUGCUGAGUCGGCCAUUUCUGGGGCUCCGGGCAGAGGGAGCCUCUUGGAGGGAGAAGCUCAGAGCCUCCAAGGCAUUCAGGGGGGUUUGGAAGAGGGAUCUUCCCCUCCAGCAAGUCCCUGACCUCCCCCGCCCCCUGCUUCUCCACUCCUUGGCUGCCCCCCCCUUAUGGCUCCC